AUGCCUGAUAGAAAACAUAUACUCAUAACUGGUGCCAACCGAGGAAUCGGCAAAUGUCUCCUUUCCACAUAUCUAUCAAGGACGAAUCACUCAGUUAUUGCUGCUCUUCGGGAUCCAGCCUCAUCAUCAUCAAAAGAACUUCAGAGUCUUCCUCGUGGCCGAGACAGCGAGCUCAUCUUGGUAAAGCUUGACAGCGCUAAAGAAGCCGAUGCAACUGUGGCAGUGCAAUAUUUGCUUUCAAAGCACAAUAUUCAGAAACUAGACGUGGUAGUUGCAAAUGCAGGGAUCUCCGCGUAUUUUGGAAAGGCUACUGUUACCCCGGCUAAGGAGAUGUAUGAGCACUUCAAGAUCAAUACUGUUGCUCCAUUACUUUUGUUCCAAGCAACAGCAUCUCUGCUGAACAGUGCUGAGACUCCUCGAUUUAUCGUCAUAUCAUCCAGUGCCGGAAGCCUAAGCGGGGUAAAAAACUUGCCCGUGGAAAACACUGCUUAUGGCACAUCGAAAGCUGGCGUUAACUUCGUCACAAGAAGAAUUCAUUAUGAGAAUCCUGCCUUGAUUGCUUUCUCUAUCAAUCCUGGAUGGCUUCAGACAGAUCUGGGCAACCAUGCAGCAAGAGGCAUUGGAAUGGCUGCAGCCCCUGUACCAGUUAAUGUUGGCGUCAACGGCAUUAUUGAGCAGAUUGAUAAUUCGACAAGAGAUAGAGAUUCUGGGAAGUUUUUGAAUUACGAUGGUAGCGAGAUUGAUUGGUAA